CAUCCUGUCCUGUGGUGAGGGGGUGUGCACGGUAGUGUGUAAGCUGCAGACAUGGCUCCACAUGUAUAAAUGUUGUCGUUAUAACCUUGAUUAACAGGACUUCGUCUCCGUUUGGAACAAGCCAAAAUGCAGGCUGCUAUGGAUAUCACGGCAAAAUUUUGCCAUAAAGAAAUGGAGGCUUAUGGGUCAUGUGUGGCUUCUAACCCCUCUACAUGGCAGCAGAAGUGUCAUGAGCUGAAGAUGAAGGUCUCGCAGUGCACAUCUUCACACCCAGUAAUCCAGAAGAUCAGACAGGGAUGUUCAGAAGAGUUUGUGGCAUUCGAACGGUGUCUGAGGGAAAACCAGGACCAACCUACCUCUUGUUCACCACAUGUAGCUCGUUUCUUGGGCUGUGCAGAGACUGUAGACUUAAGCGGAGUAGAUACAAGUCCAGUGCCUCAGCCGUCAUAGCAUUUUGGCCACUCUUCUGAGUACAUCUUUCUCCACAGCAACACAGACCCACUGGUGUCAGAUGCAUCCUAACUCUGCCAUGUACAGUGAUGGACGGACAAGAAGUCUGUUUUCUUUGAUCAUUUUUCUAUAAUGACAAAUAAGAGAUAAAUACUUGACAAGAUGUUGUUGUAUCAUACCUCAGCAGAUGUGAAAAUAACUAUAAUAUCUAGCUUUCUGCAAGGAACUCUGGUUUGUACUAGUUUUUAUUGAACCAUUUAAAUAAAAGUGAUGUCAGACUUCUGUUACUCAUCUGUUAUGCCCUCUCCAGGUCUGACUCACAGUUAAAUAUUAAAAUGGAAUGUGUCACUCC